UGCUGUGGCGCAGAGUUAAACACAAACUUUUUCGUCUGGACACAAAACAUUGUUGCAAUUUUGUUUUUGGAUUUUUUCACAGACAAAAAACAGUGAUAGCUGUCACCAUUUGUUAAUCAGCAAAUUUGCACAACGACAAACACGUCUCUGGGGCAAUGGAUGCCAAUUCACGUUUUCCAGCGCGAUUACCAGGGCCCGCCAUUAGCUCAAUUGUGGGUAACUCUGAGGAGCCGCUGCCUAGUCUAUCCGAUUUGCAUGACUGCGAGCCAAAGCUGGAGUUUGAUGAUACCGAGCUAUUGACCCCAGCGCCACUAGAGAAAGAUGUUAUGGUCGGCGAUUUUGUGCUAGCCGAUGCAUUUGCAGAUCCCGAACUUGAGACAGAAGACGCACCAAAUCCCUUAGAGGACGACUUUGAGGAUCAGCUGCGUGAGCAGUCCGAGAACUUCCAGGCGACCAAAAAUAAAUGUGAUUUUCUGGGCACCGAUAAGCAGGGACGUCACAUUUUUGGCAUUUACGCCUCGCGCUUUCCCGAAAAGUCGCAGCUUGAGGGUUUUGUGCGCCAAGUCAUCAAAGAGAUUGAACCGUUUGUGGAGAACGAUUAUAUACUCGUGUACUUUCAUCAGGGUCUCAAGGAGGAUAAUAAGCCUUCGGCACAAUUUCUGUGGAACUCGUACAAGGAACUGGAUCGCAAUUUCCGUAAAAAUCUAAAGACUCUGUAUGUGGUGCACCCGACGUGGUUCAUACGCGUCAUCUGGAACUUUUUCAGUCCAUUUAUCAGCGACAAGUUUCGCAAAAAGCUAGUCUACAUCUCCAGCCUCGAUGAGCUACGUCAGGCGCUGGGCCUGAAUAAGCUCAAGCUGCCCGACACCAUUUGCGACUUUGACGAUAAACUGAAUCCGAGUCGCGGCCGUGUAUCGCAGCCAGCAACACCCAAUGGGCGGCCUACGAUGCAGUUUGGCGUGACCUUAAAGUUCAUCGUUAUGCACAGUCCAUGCCUGAACUCUAUACCGCCGAUUGUGCGCAAGUGUGUGGAUUCGCUCUCAAUCACGGGCGUCAUUGAUACGGAGGGCAUCUUUAGGCGUUCUGGCAAUCAUGCUGAGAUUAUGGCUCUAAAGGAGCGCGUCAACCGUGGCGAGGAUGUCGAUCUGAGCAGCGUCAAUGUGCAUGUCAUCGCGGGUCUGCUCAAGAGUUUUCUGCGGGAUCUUGCCGAACCGUUGCUAACCUUUGAGUUGUACGAUGAUGUGACCAAGUUCCUAGACUGGCCCAAGGAGGAGCGGUCCAGAAACGUUACCCAGCUGAUACGCGAAAAACUGCCCGAGGAGAAUUACGAGCUGUUCAAGUAUAUUGUGGACUUUCUGGUGCGAGUCGUCGACUGUGCGGACCUGAACAAGAUGACAUCCUCGAAUCUGGCUAUUGUGUUCGGUCCCAACUUCUUGUGGUCUGGUCGUACAAACACUUCGCUGGAGGAGAUAGCACCCAUUAAUGCAUUUGUCGACUUUGUACUGCAGAAUCACAAAGCGAUCUAUCUGAUCGACGUUAACCAGCGCACUGUGAGCGUAGACUAGCGGCACCGCUGGCCCCACAAAUAAGUCCGUAAUUUGUAAAUUGUUUGAUUAAGUGUUAGCCUUAAGCCCGCUAAUGGGAGCACAGUGAAAUGCGCAAGCGUUAUUUCGUGUAUAAAAUGUGUUUAAUCUAAGUUGAAAACCCUUUUACUUUUUCUUGUAACCUUGUAAUUGUGUGCAAAUGCAGAGGCUGCAUGUAAAGGUUCUCUGCGCCUAUUUUAAUCGACCUCUUAACCAUAUACUCCCCCUCAAAUACUUAUUUAAAAUAUUAAAAUCAAGAAUAGUUAAUUUACCAAAGAAA